AUGGCCGCCUUGCGUCUCCUGGGCUUCGCGCUAGCUCUGGCGCUCCCGCUGCAGCGGGUCUGCGGCUCCGGCGUCUUCCAGCUGGAGCUGCGCGAGUUCGUCAACGGGCAGGGUUUCCUGGCCAGCGGAGAGCCGUGCGCGGCCGGCUGCAGGACCUUCUUUCGGGUUUGCUUGAAGCACUUUCAGGCGGUCAUCUCCCCGGGCGUGUGCACCUUCGGGAGCCUCACCACCCCGGUGCUGGGAACCAACUCUUUCGCCGUCAGAGAGACGGAGGGCUUCGGCAGUCCCAUCAAGUUGCCGUUUAACUUUACCUGGCCGGGAACUUUCUCCUUGAUUAUUGAAGCCUGGCAUGCUCCUGAAGGUUAUCAUCCAACAGGCUCCGAGACCCCAGCUCGGAAAUGGCUCAUCAGCCAAAUGGCGAUCCAGCGCUCGCUGGCCGUGGGCGAGGACUGGUCCCAAGACGAGCAGAGCAACCAGCGCGCCAAGCUCAGCUACUCCUACCGAGUGAUCUGCAACGAGCACUACUACGGAGACAACUGCUCUCGCAUCUGCAGGAGUCGGGACGACCACUUCGGACACUACGUUUGCCAACCUGACGGCAGCUUCGUCUGCAUGGCGGGCUGGACUGGAAACUACUGUACGGAGGCCAUCUGUUUAGCUGGGUGUUCAGAGAAAAGUGGAUUUUGCAGAAAUCCGGGAGAAUGCAUUUGUCGUAGUGGUUGGCGGGGCCGCUAUUGUGAUGAAUGCAUUCCUCAUGUGGGCUGUCGUCAUGGUACGUGUACAAAACCAGGGAAGUGCUUAUGUGAGGAAGGCUGGGGUGGCCUCUUCUGUGAUCAAGAUCUGAAUUAUUGUACCCAUCACAAACCUUGCAAAAACGGAGCCACUUGCAUGAACACAGGUCAAGGAAGCUAUACCUGUUCUUGCCAAGAGGGGUUCACUGGGAAGGACUGUGAAAGGAAUAUUAGUGAAUGUGAUAGCAGCCCCUGCAAAAAUGGGGGUAGUUGCACAGAUUUAGGAAACGAAUACCAAUGUACAUGUCUCCCAGGAUAUGAUGGCAUCAACUGUGAGCAUACUACCUUGACUUGUCUUGACUCUCCAUGUUUUAAUGGUGGAACAUGCCUGGAAAAAGAAAAAGGAACCAGCUAUGCAUGCCUUUGCCCCAUGGGAUUUACUGGAUCCAACUGUGAGAAAAAAGAAGACAGGUGCACCAACAAUCCCUGUGCUAAUGGUGGGCAGUGUUUUGUAAUGGGCCAACAGCAUGUAUGUCGCUGCCGUCCAGGCUUCUCUGGUCAGACAUGUGAGAUAUACAUCAGCAGAUGUUCAAGAAAUCCCUGUUCCCAUGGAGGAUCAUGUCAAGAUCUUGAUGCUACCCAUGAUUACAAAUGUACUUGCUUGCCAGGCUUCACUGGCAGAAAUUGUGAAAUUAGAACUAGAGAUGGUUGUUCUUCUGGACCGUGCCAAAAUGGGGGGACGUGCUACAGUGGGCUCUACACUAAAAGCUUUGCUUGCCACUGUACUUCUGGCUUCCUGGGCAUCCACUGUGAAUUUGCAGUGAAUCCUGUGACCAUCAUUCCACCGCUUCCUAAGCCAGUUCCCUGGGUGGCUAUAUCCAUGGGAGUUGGGUUAGUAGCUCUCCUCAUCCUGUGCUGCAUGAUAGCCAUAGUUAUCCGACAGAUGCAGAGACACCCAGAGCAAAAUUCAGAAACGAUGAACAACGUGUCUGACUUCCAGAAGGAAAAUCUCAUCCCGGCUUCUCAGCUUAAAAACACCAAUAAAAAUAAAGACCUUGAAAUUGAUUGCGUACUGGAGAAAUCAAACUACAAACUUAAAAACCAUACAUUGGAUUAUAACCUGGUGAAGGAGCUGACAAAUAGAGGGGCUCAGGAAGAUAAAUACCAUAAAAGUGAAAAGUGUAUAGGAGAGAAAUCGCCCUUCUGGCUAUGCAGUGAAAAGCCAGAAUGUAGAAUAUCAGCAAUAUGUUCUCCAAGGGAUUCAAUGUACCAGUCUGUUUUUGUAAUAACAGAAGAGCGGAAUGAAUGUAUUAUAGCUACAGAGGUAUAAGAGUGAAGGCUGCUC